AAGAGCAUGUUUGCUUUCAAUAGGCAAGAUUAUAUAUAUUUUUUACUUAUUGUACAAAUUAUAUUUGCUUUGUAUGCACUCCUUAAAUAAAACAAAAUAGUAAUAGUAACUAUAAUAUCUAAAAAUACGUUUUAUAUUAAUAUUAAUGCUUUCUAUAAUGAUGUAUGCACAUCAGAAAUACCAGAUCAUGUGAGCCUACAUUAAUUUAGCUCAUUAUAUAUGAUAAUGAUUAGUAAAUAUUCAUCUCCAGUAUUCAUUCAUGUAUUACUGAUUUGUAAAACUUACAGUAGUAUUGUUUGGGAAAAAGUUUGUUGCUGAGACUUGAUCCAGGGAAUGUACCACGUGCUGUGCUUUAAAGCUUGGGGAGGUGGCGGCACAUUAUAAAUCCCCAUGGAUCAAGCGACUGAUGUGUCAGACUACAUUGCAAACUUUGCUCCCUGUUUCAUUCGUUCCAGACGUUUAAAAAAAGGUGGACACUUGAAAAGAACACAGGGUCCUUCCCCUCGAAAAAUGCACCAUCGCCUCAACUCUCACAAUGUCACCAGAAGAAAGUAACAUCUCCAAACUCGAGCGCGCCGAAGAUCAACCGGGACGCACGGACGCGCGUGCUGAGAGCGCGCAGGAGCCUCCGACUCGCUUGUACAGGCGCAGAUGGCUGAUCGUUUUGCUCUUCAGCUCGUACUCUCUGUGCAAUGCCUAUCAGUGGAUCCAGUACGGGAUCAUCAGCAACAUCUUAAUGAAGUUCUACGGCGUUCACGCGUUCGCUGUCGACUGGAUGUCCAUGGUCUACAUGCUCACGUACAUCCCGUUGGUGUUCCCUGUUACGUGGCUAUUGGACCGCAAAGGGCUGCGGGUUGUCGCGCUCGUGGCCGCUGGUGUGAACUGCGCCGGCGCGUGGGUUAAGGUCGCGAGCGCGGUGCCGCACCUGUUCUGGGUGACUGCGCUCGGGCAGGUCGCGUGCUCCGUCGCGCAGGUGUUUAUCCUCGGCAUGCCGUCGCACCUCGCCGCGGUGUGGUUCGGCCCUGAGGAAGUGUCCACCGCUUGCUCCAUCGGGGUCUUCGGCAACCAGCUUGGCAUUGCCAUUGGGUUCCUGGUGCCACCCAUUCUUGUGCCAAAUAUAGAUGACAUGGAUAAACUGGCUUAUCAUUUCAGCAUCAUGUUUUAUAUCACAGCAGGAGUGGCCACCUUCAUCUUCAUUCUCGUUGUUAUUGUGUUCCAGGAUAAGCCACCGGUUCCUCCCUCUCAAGCCCAAGUGGCACUGCGAAACGUGCCUUUACAAGACUACUCUUACUUGGCCUCAAUCAAAAGGCUUCUCUGCAACAAAAACUUUGUCCUACUUAUCAUCACCUAUGGAUUAAACGUUGGGUGCUUUUAUGCUGUUUCCACUCUACUGAACCGGAUGAUCAUUGACCACUUCCCUGGAGAAGAGGUGAAUGCUGGACGUAUUGGUCUAACGCUGGUAGUUUCUGGUAUGGUGGGCUCCCUCAUCUCUGGCAUCUGGUUGGACAAAACAAAAACAUACAAACAGACCACACUUGCCAUAUAUCUCCUGUCGUUUGUAGGAAUGGUGAUCUACUCCUUUACACUUAACUUGGGGCUUCUAUGGGUAGUCUUCAUUUCAUCAGCAGCUCUAGGAAUCUUCAUGACUGGUUACCUGCCAAUAGGCUUUGAGUUUGCAGUGGAGCUGACGUACCCAGAGUCAGAAGGCACAUCUUCCGGACUUCUCAACUGCUCAGCACAGGUGUUUGGAAUCAUAUUCACCAUUUGCCAAGGCAAGAUUAUUGACUCCUAUAGCACAAUGGCUGGGAACAUCUUUCUCUGUGUUUUCCUUCUAGGGUCCAUCAUUACAGCUUUUAUAAAGCCAGAUCUACGGAGGCAAAAAGCAAACCUGCCAUCAGAGGCAAAAUCGGAAACUAAACAGUCAACACUCCAAACAGAAGGAACAUCAUUCUCGAAACAGACCAAGAUGUAGAAAUCUGGUUCUCCUGCAUAUCGACCAGCACUUUUAUAAAGAGAAUGAGAUUUCUCCGAACAAAACGUGCAUAUGGUCUGCAUCGUUCUCCAGGGAGCUUCAUUAGAUCAAUCAGAUGUUCAUUUAUAUAUGAACAUAUUUGACUGAGAAAAUAAAACGAGAUAAGUUUGUUUUUACAAAUGCCAUAUCGAGAAAAUGCUGAGCCAACAAUCUGACCUGUGAACCGCUGUAGUGCUUUAGUUUCAUUACUAUGUAUAUGUCAUGCACUUUUAGUUUUUUUGGCAACAACUGAUGCGUGCAACAAUGAACAAUAUUUGGAUCGUAUAGCCACAAAACAUAGUACAUUUGAUUUUAACUAUACAGGGACAUUCAGUUUGAACUAAAUGUGUAGAACCUUUUUAGCUGGAGAAUACCUUUGCUAGUUUUUAGUUUAGAUUUCUUACGUUUUUUAUGAUAUUUCUAAAAUACCAUCACUACUUCCAUUUGAACUGAGCAUGAAUUUAUAGAGUGCUUUACCCUGCUGGAUUUUGAUAUCAGACUUAGGGAAAAACUAGAAGGAUUAUGAUUAUUUAGUUCACUGCUCAGUUCAAGAACAUUUGACUUGGUUUUGAUGCAAAUGCAGACUGGGUUUACAACCUGAAUUUCAUGGUGCCAUGACUUCUUUACUGAAUGCAUUCACUGCUAUAAUAUUCAGAGUGAACUGUGUAAGACUGUAUCAGUGGAUAUUUGUCAUAAUGUGUACAAACUCCAGUUUGUUCAGCUGGGGUGAAUUUACUUUCUGAUACCUGUGGAAAUGUAUAAGUAAAUAUAUAAACUCUU